AAACCAGACAACCUUGAAAUCAAACCAGCCACUGAUUCUCCAUCGCAAUCCCUAGAUCCGCCCGAGGUUCAGAUGCAUCCACGCUUCGCCGCUUUCUCACGAUUCGCCCGUCCGACCGCCGCCGGAUCGACGAAGAAGCAAUUCUCUUCAUCGACAGAAACCCCGGCGACGCACUUCCCGAAGAGCCUCGAGGCUCUGCGGGCGCGGCUGGCGGCGGAGUCUCCGUCCCUGACCGAUUUCAUCCGCGGCGGAGAGACCUACUCCGUGGAGGUUGGAUCGAAGAAGAAGCCCCUCCCCAAGCCUAAAUGGAUGAAGGAGUCUAUUCCUGGAGGCGAGAGGUAUGUUCAGAUCAAGAAGAAGCUUAGGGAGCUUAAGCUUCACACCGUCUGCGAGGAGGCUCGCUGUCCUAACCUCGGAGAGUGCUGGUCCGGCGGUGAAACUGGCACCGCCACUGCUACCAUCAUGAUCCUUGGCGAUACCUGUACCCGCGGUUGCAGGUUUUGUAAUGUGAAGACAUCUCGUACACCUCCGCCACCUGACCCCAACGAGCCUAACAAUGUGGCUGAAGCUAUUGCAUCCUGGGGUUUAGAUUAUGUGGUCAUCACUAGCGUCGAUCGGGACGACUUGCCUGAUCAGGGAAGCGGGCAUUUUGCUGAGACUGUGCAGAGGUUGAAAACUCUUAAGCCCAAGAUGUUGAUAGAAGCGUUAGUUCCUGAUUUCCGUGGAGAUACUGGAUGUGUCGAGAAGGUUUCGAGAUCAGGGCUUGAUGUCUUUGCCCACAACAUCGAGACAGUUGAGGAGCUUCAAAGCUUUGUGAGGGACCAUCGAGCUAAUUUUAAGCAGUCACUAGAUGUUCUCACUAGGGCCAAGGAGUAUGCACCUGCCGGAACCCUGACUAAGACCUCGAUAAUGCUAGGCUGUGGAGAAACACCCGAUCAGGUUGUGAAGACAAUGGAGAAAGUUAGAGCAGCUGGAGUAGAUGUGAUGACUUUCGGGCAAUAUAUGAGACCAUCUAAGCGGCACAUGCCUGUAGCUGAGUAUGUGACACCGGAGGCUUUUGACAAGUAUCGGGUUCUUGGCAUGGAAAUGGGAUUCAGGUAUGUGGCAUCAGGACCAAUGGUGAGGUCGUCCUACAAAGCGGGGGAGUUCUACAUUAAGUCGAUGAUAGAGUCUGAUAGGGCUGUGUCUUCAACGCCAUAGAGUUCAUGUUUUGUUUUUAUAACCCACAAUCUACAACGCAUCAUCUAUGGCAGAUGUUUUCACUUACUGCACAUUGUUGUGGUCACACUUGAUUUAUUUGUAAAUCGGCUUACAGCUACAGCUGCCUGGAAGUACUUAUCUCUUUCCUUUCUA